AUGGCAUUACCAAUGAAGACUGGUAGACGUAAUCCCUCUUAUUCUUUCCUGAAUCCGAAUCUGGAUUCCCUUGGGUGUUUAGCAAAGAAGAUUACGCCAGAUGAGACAACCAACUUCAGAAAAGAAUAUGGGUACAUUCUGAGCCUUCUCAAGAUGCCGUUCACCAAGUACGAGCAAGAGGGAGUUCAUACUUUGCUUCAGUUCUAUAAUCCUUCCCUCCGCUGCUUCACGUUCACCAACUACCUCUUGGUUCCUACAUUGGAAGAGUAUUCCCUAUUUCUUGGCAUCCCUAUAAAGAAGGAAGUGCCAUACUAUAGCACCAUGAAGGCCCCCGAUUCCAUUGAAAUUGCUAAGGCUCUUUAUUUGAGCAAGUCGGUCGUGGAAGCAAAUCUCACCAAGAAGGGAGAAGGCUUUGAUUUUUGCAUGGAGUUUCUGGUCAAAAGAGGUUGUGAGGCUGCUGAGACAAAGGAAUGGGACACAUUUAGAGCUAUCCUGGCUCUAAGUAUCUAUGGUAUUGUGAUGUUCUCAAAUAUCCCUAACUUUGUUGACAUGCACGCAAUUCACAUGUUCAUUCUGCAGAACCCGGUUCCUACACUUCUGGGGGAUGUUUAUCAUUCCAUUCAUCACAAGAGUAGUCAGAAGGGAGGUUUGGUUAGAUUCUGUGCUCCGUUGCUAUAUCGUUGGUUCAGGUCACAUUUACCUGAACGUGGCGCUUUCGUUGAUAGUAGACACACAUCUAAGUGGGCUGAGAGGAUUAUGGGGCUAAGGGCUAAAGAUAUUGUCUGGUACAAUAGCGCUUUAGAUGACAGGGAAGUUAUCAUGAGUUGCGGAAGGUUCAAAAACGUACCUCUCAUGGGUCUUAGGGGCGGAAUCAACUAUAACCCCGUCCUAGCUAGAAGAACAUUUGGAUAUGCUUUUAUCAGUCCGCCUGAGCAAACAGAGAUAGCUGAGAACAUUUUCUAUCAUGUGGCCACCAACAGUGGGCAGAUGGCAGAAGCUGUGCAAGCCUGGAAAAGUAUUUGCUGGAGAGAUAAGAAGCAUUUUGGUCAGAGAGACUGUGCAACUUAUAAGGACUAUACUGAGUGGGUCAAGACUGUGGCCAAUACCCAAGGGAUGUCUUUCCCUCCUAAGGAUCCUUUGUACCCCCCUGCUGAGCUUGAAGAAUUGUAUGCUAGAGGAAGUACCUCUCAGAAAAGGCCAAGAGUGACUAUAGACCCCAAAUUUACUGAAACUCAAGAGAAGAAGCUGAAGGAACAUUACGAGACUCAGUUGGCAGAUUUGACUAAAAGACUCCAAAUUCAGACUGAAAAUGCCGAUUCAGAGAAAUCUCGUCGCAAGAAAGCAGACAAACUCUUGUUGGAUCGCCAGAAUACCAUAGAAAAGUGUUAUGAAGAGAUCCGAAAGCUGAAGGGCCAGAUAAGAGAAAAAGACCAGAGUAAUGCCCAAGUUCAAGAGGAAGCUAGGUGUUGGGAGGUGAAGAAUCGCCACAUGGAGACCAUGCAUUUCAGAAAAGACCUGCUGAUUCAAGAGAUCAUUAAGAGGCCCACCCGUGUUGAGACCAAGAAGCUCUUUGAAGAAAUGAAGACUUGGAGUGAUAAGAACAUCGGAGAGAGCCCCCUCCGUCAUGUGAAUAUGGAGGACUCUACUUAA